GGAGAGAGAGAGAGAGUGAGAGAGGUGGGAUGUCUCCUCCCAGGUGAAUAGUUAAAUGGGAUUGUUGUUUUGCUUGACCUUUAUACUCCGUUUGGUGGUUUUUGCCGGGCCAGACAACCUACCAGUUGUUGCGGCUCUUUGAAGAGAGAGAAAUUCUUUUUAUACACACUCAAAACUCAAACUCACGCACAGAGAGAAAGAUAGAGAGAGAUGACCCUCUGCUAUGGAAUUGGGAUCUCAGUCUCGUCUUCCCAGCUGAAUCAGUAGCGCCAUUACUUCCACCGAUACCUUUGAUUCACUCACUCACUUCUCUGUCUCAAGCCUUACAGGACAGCGGACUUCUAGUUUGACAUUUUGCUUUGGUCCACCUGAGUUUCUUUGAACUAAUUGAUGGGUUCCAGAUUCCCAUCUCAUCAACUCAGCAAUGGCCUCUUUGUCUCGGGGAGGCCAGAGCAACACAAGGAAAAGGCUCCAACGAUGAGUUCAGUGGCAAUGCCCUAUACCGGUGGCGAUAUUAAGAAGUCUGGAGAACUGGGAAAGAUGUUUGAUAUUCCUAUGGAGGGCUCUAAGUCUAGGAAAUCUGGGCCUCUCAAUGUUGCUCCUACAAGGACUGGAUCCUUUGGAGGGGCUGCGACUCAUUCAGGACCCAUCAUGCCAAAUGCAGCUCCUCGGGCGGGUUAUACCACCUCUGGUCCUAUUUCUUCUGGCAUGAUGACUAGUUCAACCUCAUUCAAGAAGUCCACUUCUGGGCCACUAAACAAACAUGGAGAGCCUGUAAAGAAGGUAUCUGGCCCUCAAUCUGGUGGAGUGACACGCCAAAAUUCUGGACCUAUUCCUCCAGUUCUUCCUGCUACUGGACUCAUCACAUCUGGCCCCAUUUCUUCUGGUCCAUUGAACUCAUCUGGGGCACCUAAAAAAACGUCUGGUCCUUUGGAAUCAAUGGGUUCGAUGAAAAUAAAUGGCCCUUCAAUAGCACAAAAUCCCGCAGUGACUACCCUUAGCCCAGAUGAUGAAUAUUCUUUUGGAAAGAGCUUCCCAAAAUUAAUAUUGUGGUCUGUUAUUCUCAUAUUUGUCAUGGGGCUCAUUGCUGGUAGUUUUAUUCUUGCUGCAGUCCACAAUCCUGUUCUUCUCAUUGUUAUUGUUCUACUCUUUGGAGUAGUUGCUGCAAUAUUUACUUGGAACAGCUGUUAUGGAAAGAGAGCUCUUAUUGGUUUCAUUUCUCAGUAUCCAGAUGCUGAACUCCGAACUGCAAAAAAUGGGCAAUAUGUCAAAGUUUCUGGGGUUGUUACAUGUGGCAAUGUGCCUCUUGAGUCAUCCUUCCGUAAGGUUCCUAGAUGCGUCUAUACAUCCACAAGUCUAUACGAGUAUCGAGGGUGGGGUUCAAAACCAGCCAAUCCUGGACAUCGCCGAUUUACAUGGGGACUGAGAUCAUCAGAGAGACACGUGGUCGACUUUUACAUCUCUGAUUUCCAGUCCGGAUUGAGAGCAUUGGUUAAGACAGGCUAUGGUGCUAGGGUGACCCCAUAUGUUGAUGACUCUUUUGUUGUUGAUGUUAAUCCAUCAAACAAAGACUUAUCGCCAGAGUUUGUUCGAUGGCUAGGAAGGAGGAAUCUUUCAAGUGAUGAUCGUGUAAUGCGAUUAAAAGAAGGGUACAUAAAGGAGGGUAGCACGGUUAGUGUGAUGGGAGUUGUUCAGAGAAAUGACAACGUACUUAUGAUCGUCCCCCCGUCCGAACCAUUAACCACAGGAUGCCAGUGGGGCAAAUUCAUUUUUCCAGCUAGCCUUGAUGGUAUCGUCCUCAGAUGCGAGGACUCAUCAAAAAUCGAUGUCAUCCCUGUGUAGUUAUAUGUGCGUAAGAAACUUGUUGAGGUAUUACGGUUUUUUGAACGAUAUUUUGAUGGUCAUGGUGCAUCCACUGGACAACCAAAGAAGACAUAAGGCAUUUUUUCUGCUCCCCACUUCUCUUCUCCUGGCUUGAUGUAUAGUUUGUAUUCAUAUUCCCUUUAUAUCUUUUUAGAGCUUGAAAUUAUAUUGUUGGGUUUGUUUUGGUAUGAUAUGGAAAAGAAAAACAUUAAAUCUUGAGCUGACUGGUAGAAUUAUGUGAAGUAAUGCAAGUAUUUUUGGUGUCA